GCGUGACACACACACGAGAGAGAGCGAGGGCAUCUCAGCUGAGCUUGUGCAACAGCAGUAGAAAUAGGAGAGAGCAAAUCAGUGAGAGGCCAAAAACAAACACACGCACAAGAGCUCACCUCCACCACAGGUGUGUAGGUGCCACUUCGCUUUUCUCUCUCGCGCACUCUCCUUUGCUAUGUAUGUAUGUAUGUGUGUUUAGGCAUAUUGCCCUCCCUUUCACAUCCCCACAUCGCCUGCCGUGUGUUUAUUUCAGUGUCACCGGGGAGACAGAUUAGCUCUUGUCCGCCUGUUGUCGUAAAUAUCACGCACACACACUCCCUGUCCGCCCAUCUGUACAUACAUAUGUACAUACGUAGAAAUGGAAGUUGCUGGCUGUGUGUUUAAUUCAUUUUCGAGGUUUUAAUGCGCAACAACUGCGACUUGUUCUGUGUUGGUUAGGCGACAAAAAACAAACAAAAGUAACGUUGAGAAUUUAGAAAGCCCAAUGCAAACGAACGCACACACAAGCAAUUACUCCUGUCGGUGUGAGCUGCAUUGUACUUCCGAAGACCCAAGCCCAACUUAAUAAUUUUCCCCAAACUCACAGUGUAAGAACAAUAAACACGCCAAGCGCCACUUGAAAAAGAAAUAAGAAAAAAGUUAAAGUAGCGAUCUCUCCGAGCAACAAGUACUUGUGCACCAACACACUCAAGGGAAGUAGUGCCACGACAAAAAAAUUAAAGAGAAAAAACAGACAAACCGAAGUCAGCAGCAAAACGGAGGAGCUAUGGAGGCCACCACUACCACAACACCUGACUUGAAUCGCGGCGAUGCCACCAGGAAGAGUGUCCGCCUGUAUGCCGCCCGCAAGGGGGCGGCACCUGCACCGCCCAAGCUCAGUGUGGCGCCAUCUAGCAACCAGAACAGCAACCACAGCUGCGGCAUCAACAGCAGCAGCAACAACAAAAAUAGCAGCAGUAACUUGCCGGAAACGGAAAAGGAAAUGGAACUGCAUCAAACACAUCUUGCCAACAAGGAUCUCGAUGGAGCCACCGAAGAUGACAGCAUAGUGGAGCUUCGACGACGUGAUGCCCAAGCCACUCCAUUGCCCAGGAUAGCCGUAUCGGCUCUGCCCACCCUGCAGCCGCAUCCAACGCCCAAAGAACGCCAAAAGCCGCCUAUGCCACGCCUGCUGUCCACCGAAGAUGAUGCCGGUGUGUCCUUUGCCCUCGGCUCCAUCGAGAAGCACAUCCAUAACGUAGAGGAGAGCUUUAAGCAACAGCAGCAAAACCAACAAUCCCAAUCAUCGAUGGACGUGAUGAAAUUGGAGAUCAAGCGCAAGCAGAGCAAGCGCUACGGUGAAACGGAAAACCUUCUGCGACCGGGCAUUAGUGACAUGUCCUCCGAGAAUGAUUUUCAGUAUUUGGGCGGCAGGCGGGCAGGCGAACUGGAUGACAGCAAUGAGCUGAUGAUAUCGGAAUUCCAGCGCGGCAGCGAUGGUCGUAAUUCGAUCGGAGCCUAUUCCAAGAACUCGGCUGCUGCCGCAAACGGAGCAAAUGCUGUGAAGGCUAAACUGGCACGUACUGCCUCCGAUACGAAGAAUAAUGAUACGGUGCUGGCCAUGAGGGCCACUCUUAAGCAGAAGCAGCACUUGCAGGACGAGAAACAGCCAGCGGUAUGGCGACCAGCUGGCACUGCACCCACUCCGGCGGCCAGGAGCUCCUCCUCCACCACGUCCACCUCCCGCUCGGCCAGUCGCGGCGGUAGCAGUAGCAGCGUGGUGGAUGGAGUGGCUCCAUCUAAGCUAACGGCCACCACCAUUUCAGCGUCUAAGCGGCGUGAGGAGAAUUUGCGACAAUUUGAAGCGUUGUUGGCCCAAAAGUCCUCACAUAGUCAUGGAGCCUCCUCUGGAGCAUCUGGUGCCUCAGGAACAGGAAGUAAUGCAGCCAGUUCGAAAAGACGUUCGGAGCGUCCAAUUGUGGCACCCAUUCCGCCGUACAAUUCCAGUCGAGCAGAGCAUGUGACCAGAUCAGCUCACCCGCCUGUAGGACACCAUCCCACUAGCCGCGUACCUAGCGUGGUGUCAAACCGCAGUAAUGUGUACAGCAACAAUGCUGCGCAGGGUUCGCCUAACAUGCAAAUGCGGAGUAGUGCUCCUAUGCGAUGGCGGGCUACUGAGGAGCAUAUUGGCAAAUACAAACUCAUAAAGACGAUCGGCAAGGGCAAUUUCGCCAAGGUGAAACUAGCGAAACACCUGCCCACUGGCAAGGAGGUGGCCAUCAAGAUAAUUGACAAGACCCAACUCAAUCCUGGGUCACUACAGAAACUCUUUAGAGAGGUUAGAAUAAUGAAGAUGCUGGAUCACCCCAACAUAGUUAAAUUGUUCCAAGUAAUCGAAACGGAGAAGACGCUCUAUCUGAUCAUGGAGUACGCAUCCGGCGGAGAAGUCUUCGACUAUCUGGUUCUCCACGGACGCAUGAAGGAGAAGGAGGCGCGAGUCAAGUUUCGACAAAUCGUCUCAGCCGUGCAAUAUUGUCAUCAAAAAAGAAUAAUUCACAGGGACUUAAAAGCUGAAAACCUUUUGCUGGACAGCGAACUGAACAUCAAAAUCGCUGACUUUGGCUUUUCGAACGAGUUCACACCCGGCUCAAAGCUGGACACGUUCUGCGGUAGUCCGCCGUAUGCGGCACCGGAGCUGUUUCAGGGCAAGAAGUACGACGGACCCGAGGUCGAUGUUUGGUCGUUGGGCGUCAUCCUGUAUACGUUAGUGAGCGGUUCCCUGCCCUUCGACGGCUCCACCUUGAGGGAGUUGCGUGAACGCGUGCUCAGAGGAAAAUAUAGAAUUCCCUUCUAUAUGUCGACUGACUGCGAAAACUUGCUCCGCAAAUUCUUAGUACUGAAUCCCGCAAAGCGUGCUAGUCUGGAAACAAUCAUGGGCGACAAGUGGAUGAACAUGGGGUUUGAGGAGGACGAACUCAAGCCCUAUAUUGAGCCCAAAGCCGAUUUAGCCGAUCCCAAGCGGAUAGGUAAGACGGAAGCUCUAGUCGCGAUGGGCUACAAUCGAUCGGAGAUCGAGGCUUCGCUCUCCCAGGUGCGCUACGACGAUGUUUUCGCCACAUAUUUGCUGCUGGGUCGCAAGAGUACAGACCCGGAAAGUGACGGAUCGCGGUCUGGCUCCUCGCUCUCACUGCGCAACAUCUCGGGCAACGAUGCGGGCGCCAAUGCUGGCAGUGCGAGUGUCCAGAGUCCCACGCACAGAGGAGUCCACAGGAGCAUAUCGGCGUCCAGCACGAAGCCAAGUCGCCGAGCCUCGUCUGGUGCGGAAACUUUGCGUGUUGGACCGACAAAUGCGGCAGCAACAGUUGCGGCGGCCACGGGAGCCGUUGGUGCGGUUAAUCCAAGCAAUAACUACAAUGCUGCAGGAUCAGCGGCGGAUCGAGCAUCAGUUGGCAGCAACUUUAAGCGACAGAACACAAUCGACUCGGCUACGAUUAAGGAGAACACAGCGCGACUGGCCGCUCAGAAUCAGAGACCCGCUUCGGCCACCCAAAAGAUGCUCACCACGGCAGACACCACACUGAACAGUCCCGCCAAGCCGCGAACGGCAACGAAGUACGAUCCGACGAAUGGCAAUCGCACGGUCAGCGGCACAAGUGGCAUCAUUCCACGUCGCUCCACCACGCUUUAUGAAAAGACUUCGUCGACGGAGAAAACCAACGUUAUUCCUGCAGAGACAAACAGUGGAUCGGCAGCUCCCGCUGGAAAAGGUCAUACCAAAAGCGCGUCUGUCUCGAGCCCUCGCCCCUCUACAGACGGCUGCGUCUCGGUCUCAAAUGACCCGCUCGGAACGAGUCUGUUCGAUCGACUUAGAAUGGCAUCGGCUGUUAAAUCAAGCAGACACUUUCCAAGGAAUGUUCCAUCACGUUCAACCUUUCACUCUGGUCAAACCAGAGCACGAAACAACACAGCGCUGGAAUACUCGGGCACCAGCGGUGCCUCCGGCGACUCCUCACAUCCGGGUCGCAUGAGCUUCUUCUCCAAACUCUCCUCACGUUUUAGCAAACGGCCAAACCAGUAAUUAACAAAACAAGCAUUAACUACUUCUUGUUAAUAGUUCUAAAACUGAAACUGAAACAAACGAUUCCCCUAGAGUAAACGCGCGUGACGGAGAGGUUCAGAUAUGAACAGACAGACACAGAUAUGGUCGAAUCCAAUCGGAUCGCUCGGAUCGGAUCAGAUCGGGAAACGAUACUGUUCACGUUGCCGUUGCCGAUCCGAAAUCGCUUUCGAAUUCCAUUUCGAGUUCAGAUCCGUUUCCGGUUUCGAUUCGAACCCCUUCAAAUGAACACCGACAACGUUGAGUUCCGUUGCGUUAAAUUGAAAUUUCACAAAUACGCCUAUGUUUUAUUACAAUUAUUAACUAAUUAUACAUAUAAAUUUAUAUAAAUUAAAGAUACAUAUACAUAUAUUUAAAAGUAAAGCAACCACAAACAGAAAUUACGAAACCCUUUGUUUUCAUUGUUUGUAAAACGAUGCGAGGAGCGACCGCGACCAGCAAAAGGCAAUACAGAAUAAAUAAAGAAUUAUACAAAUUAAAACCGAAACGAAACCGAAACAAACAGAAAUCCACUAAGAAACCAAGAUAUGAUAAAUGCAAUGAUCAGAGAGAAUCCUGACUACUAUUGCUGUCACUGUCACGAUUAUGGAUUAUAUUAACUACUAAAUAUUACACCUACGAGUACUACCUAAACUACAUAUAUAUUUAUGUUAAAUGCGUAUCGCAAUUAUAGUUAUACAAACAAACAAAUAUCACUGAUGAAGUGAACGUGAGAUAUAACUGCAAAAAGUAAAUUAACUUAAGCCUAACUCAACUAAAACGAUCUAAACUGAACUAAAGUGCGUGGUGUUUUCGCCCAAAUUAUUAUUUUAUAGUAGCCACAAUAAAACACCAAAAGAAGUUGCUAAUUUUGUAACGAUGAUCUUGAAUUUUAUUUAGCGAUCUUUGUAUUUAUAUGUAUGUGUAUGUAUGUAUGGAUCUGUAUUUGUAUUUCGAUAUGAGCUUGAAUUAAAUCCGUGGAUCAUACAAUCAAUCAAUAUCAAUAUCAACCAACCAACCAGCCAGCCAGCCAGCAAACUAACGAUCUUGCAAUUCAUAAUCACCCAGAAGCCAGAUGUGCAGCGUAUCUAGUAAUUAAGCAUACCACGUAGUCACUAAAAAAACAAUACAUAGCGAUACAUGAAACCCAAUUUAACUUAAAUUCAAGGAAUAACAAUGUAUUACCACUAGUGCAUGUGACCAUUUUAUUUGUACAGCUGAUUAUCUAUAGAUCGUGUUAUCAUCGGGCGCCUUCAGUGGCUCGAUCAGUAGUUAUCUAUACAUAUUAAGUUUCAAAGAAAUAACGCAUAAUUAAAACAAUUGAUAAUUUAAUAAAUCCAUAAUAAACGAUGUGAAACAUUUGCGAGCAAAAGAA